UAACAUAAAUGAAGAAGACAAACAAUAAAAAUGGGUGAAAAUUACUUCUCACGCUUUAUGAAGUGUGCCAUACACAUUUUUUUAAUGAUUAUUUAUGUUCCAACACUGCAAGGAAAAGAGCAGCUACAAUGUCCGAACUUAGCAGAAAAUCCUUUCUGUACAUGUUAUAUUAUUGACAAAGGUUUGAGAUUAAAGUGUCCCAACGCCAAACCUGACGUUAUAAGAAAUGUGCUCUUAAAGACAAAGGGAACAAUCAACGCUUUAACGUUAUAUGACUUUGAGAAGUCAGUAACAGAACUGAAUAUUAGCACAAUAAUUCCUUCACAUGUGAAAAUAAACAAUUUAGAAAUAACGAGAUCUGGUUUAACGAAAGUGAUCCCUAGUGUUUUUCAAUCGGUUCGCAAAUCACUGGUAUCUUUAAAAAUUGUUGCCAGUAAACUAAACAGUAUACCCCAUGAAACUCUAAUUCAACUAUUUCAUAUUGAAACUAUUGACUUUCAACUCAAUGACAUAAAAUAUUUACAAGGAAAUGCUUUUAAAGAUCUCAAAUUGAAAGAAGUUAAUUUGAGAGGAAACAAAAUAGCAAAUAUUUCUGAAAAUGCAUUCCUUUUUCUAGAAAAAACUUUAGCCGAGCUGGAUUUGUCAGAAAAUUUUCUCGAAACGUUUCCUUUACAAUCACUAAUAUACCUUAAAAACCUAACGAGGCUCAGAGUACUUAGGAAUAAACUGAAUACAAUACCAGACCAUAUAAAUGCCACUGUACCAAAACUAAUUACUUUGGAUUUGAGUUCAAAUGUAUUUAGUAGAAUAGACAAAAACUGGUUCAAGUCUAUGCCUAAUUUAAAAACAUUAGUAUUUGUUGGUAAUGAAAUCAAGUAUAUUGCCGAAGAAGCAUUUUUUUCUUUACAAUUUUUAACAGAUCUAGAUUUGAGUCGAAAUAAAAUUAUUAAUAUUGGAAAAAACACAUUUCAAAGAAAUUUAAAUAUUAAAAGUGUAGAUUUAAGAUAUAACCACUUACACCAUAUAAAUGGUAUAUUUUCGAACCUUAAGCAUCUUUCUGAAAUAUUUUUAUUCGAAAAUAACAUUCUUGAAUUAAAUGAUGACGCGUUUUAUAAAACAAUAGAAUUAACUUUUCUUAAUAUAGAAUCAAAUGCUAUACGCUUGCUUCGUUUACACUGUUUUGAUUAUUUAAAUAACCUUAGAAUACUUCGUAUAGGACAUAAUUUUAUAAAAACUCUUCCAAGUAAUUUGUUUCAAUUCAACCGAAAACUUGAAUAUCUUAGUUUAGAUCACAAUGAAAUCAAAGAGUUAGAUGAUUCAGUAUUUGAUAAGUUAGUUUCAGUAAAGAUAUUAAGGUUGCAGAACAACAAGUUGACACAUAUAAACGGUAAUGUAUUUCGUCCACUGACAGGGCUUUCAGAGUUACAUCUACAGGAAAAUUCCAUAAAAAGUAUUGAUUCUGAUGCUUUUGUAACACUUAAAAAACUUGAGUUCAUUAAUUUAGAGUAUAAUGAACUUAAUAUUAUAGGUGAUGUGUUACCAAAUUCAUCAUUAACUCAUAUUAUGAUCAAUUCAAAUUUUUUGUCACUAAUAAAAGAGAGCUUUCUUAAAGGACAAAUAAAUUUACAGGUGAUUGAGCUAUCGGAAAAUAAUAUUAAAAUGCUGACACCUUUUAUGUUUAGUGAUUUGACUAAUAUCCAAUUGUUGCAGUUAAAAAAUAAUAGUAUAAUGCACAUAGAGAACAGAACAUUCGUAAAUUUAAAAAAAAUAAUACGUUUGGAAUUGAGCCUAAAUAAAAUUAGUGAAAUACAUAAUGAGACAUUUUAUAAUCUUGUAACACUGCAAGAGUUAUUAUUGAAAAGUAAUAAUAUAAAACAAAUUGCAAAAGAUUCAUUCAAGUAUCUAGUUAAACUUAGAAUACUUGAUUUAUCAGAAAACGAGAUUUUUACUUUAAAUUUUAAUAUCGGUUCACUUCCGAUUAAAGAAAUUCGCUUAAAUCAAAAUGUAAUUGCAACAAUUUUAUCAGAUUCAUUAGGAAUUUUACCUCAUUUAAAUGUGUUGGAAUUAAAAAUGAACUACUUAACCUGGGAAGAUAUUAUUCAAGUUACUAUUCCAGGAUUGAAAUCACUUGUGCUGUCAAAUAAUGAUUUUACAAACCUAGGUAAUAGUACAUUUUCUCAUUUAGUUUCUCUUCAAUCGCUAAAUUUGGAAAUGUCAAACAUAUCACAUUUGCCUUCAUCGAUAUUCAUUAAAAAUCAAAACUUACUUAAAAUUAAUCUUGCAUACAACAAUCUUAAUGAGUUGGAAGAAAAUGUAUUUGCUUAUACCAAAGUAUUACAAGAGCUUAAUUUAAAAGGUAACCAAUUUACGAAUUUUCCUGUUUAUGCCUUGUUCAAUGUCAGUUCUCUUGAAAGCAUAGAUUUAAGCCAAAAUAAAUUACGAAUGGUUGAUUUUAUUCAGUUUCAAGGAAUGCAUGAUUUGAAAUCUUUGAAUUUAAGCCAAAAUAAUAUUUAUGUUUUAUACGGCUUCAAAUCACCAUCUUUAACAAAUUUAAUUUCAUUAAAUUUGAGUAAAAAUAGAAUAACACAACUUCCAGAAAAUUUUCUACAACAUUCAGCAAGCUUAGAACAUAUAGAUUUGUCAAACAACUUAUUUAAAUUCAUUCCCACUGGCUUAUCUGAACCCUUUUUUCCUGCACUGAGAUCAUUAAAUAUGUCUUUUAACACAAAGAUAGAACAAAUUAUAAAGACAUUUCCAAUUAAACAAUUUCCAAAGUUAGAAGAAUUAGUUGUAACGAAUACAGAGAUGAUAGUUAUUACCAGUUUGGACUUCGAUUAUUUUCAAUCCUUAAAGAAAUUAAUUCUGUCUAAUAAUGUUAUCAAUAUACUUUCACCUGGUGCUUUUUUAAAACUAAACAAACUUGAAUUGUUGGAUUUAAAUAACAAUGAAUUAGAAAUAUUUGCGAAUGAAAGAGGUCGUGGACUAUUUUCAGUGCAAACGAUAAAUAUUUCAAGAAAUAUUAUUACAGAACUGGAAGAGUUUACAUCAGAUUUACAGAAGUUACAAAUUCUAGACAUAUCUUUUAAUAAAAUUAAGAAAAUAAAUAGAAGUGUAUUUAUAAACCUUUUCAGUUUAAGAGAGCUAUACUUGAAUGGUAAUCGGCUUACAGUAGUAACAACAAACCUAUUUGCUAAAUUAAGGAAAAUAUCACACAUCGAUUUGAGUCGCAAUGAUUUUCAAGUAGUGCAGAUGAAAAUGUUAGAUCAUAUAGAAACUCAAAUCGAAAGCAUUUCUUUUGAUGAAAACCCUCUUGACUGUGAUUGUAUAACACAAAAACUAUGGAGAUGGAUGCAUGAUCACCAUAAAAUUAUUUUAAAAGGAAGUAGCCAUUUGCGUUGUAAAAACCCGGAAGAACUACAUGGGUUAAGUUUUUUGGAAAUAACGCCUCAAAAGCUGUGUGAUAUUCCCGUCGUAGUUCGAAUUGCACUACAAGACAUUCAAACUUAUUCAGUUUUAGUUUCAUGGCAAAGUCGCCAUCAGCCUGGUUUAAAUGGAUACCAAGUUGCUUAUUUUGGGGAACAUAUGACAUCGAUCGUUCGAGGUAAAAUUCUGAAUUCUACAGCAAGAACCACCAGAUUAAAUCAUUUGACACCGGGAGCCAGAUAUGUAAUAUGUGUUAUCGCGAUCGUUGAUUUUGAUAACACUCCAGCAUCUACAAUGCCUAACGCUAGAAUAGCGCUUUCGUCUUUGGAAAAUUCCGGGGUUAAUGUAUAUGGAGAUGAAUUAAUAUUCACUGAUCUACGAUCAAACGUAAUGAAUGAUUCUCAUAUCAGUAAAUGCACUACUGUGAGCACACUAGAAAUAUUUAGUACAGGGCUGGAAAGUCCAAAAAUUGUAGGAAUAUUAGAAAUUGUGACUAGAAGACUAAGCUUGGUAGUAGGAUGUUGUAUAAGUCUUAUAGUUUUUGUUGUAUUUGCGUCUGUUUUAGGUUAUGUACAAAAGAAAAAACGACCCGUAUUGCCGAAAAUUGAAGUCCAGCAGCCGGUUCAGUAUAGAUCAUAUGAUAAUUUUGCUGAAACGAACUUAGAUUCUCAUUCGGGUAAUUUGGAUAUAAAUACUAUUUCUACACACAUUUCCAUUUAA